AUGAUCUCUCCAAAGUAUUCAUUGACCCAUUACUACCAUUCCGCUAAGGCACUCGCCGCUAAGCUGGUUAUUGCACCACACGUUGUUAACUUGUAUUUAGACUACAACUGUCCAUUCUCAGCCAAAAUUUACUUCAAAUUGGAGAAAGUCAUUCCUGAAUUACAGAAAAAGCACCCCGGCGAGUUCCAGUUUGUGUUUGUUAAUGUUGUACAGCCAUGGCAUCCAAACUCGGUAUUGCUCCAUGAAUACGCAUUGGUUGUGGCACAAUUAUUGAGAGCCACCGAUCCAGAGAGAUCUAAUGGAUUAUUUUGGUCGGUUUCCGAAGCAUUGUUUCACAACAAAGAACAAUUCUAUGACUCCGCCACUGUGUACUUGGGUAGAAACGAUAUCUACAAGAAGAUCAAUGACGUUGUGUUUGAAACUGUGGAUUUGCCCCUCAGAGUAGAAGAUGUUUUGGAAAGGUUGGAAAUUUCCUCUGCGUCAGACCCCACAGAGGCUUCUAACGGAGGAAACGAUGCUACGGUUGAUGUCAAGUAUUUCACUAGAUACUUGAGAGGAGUGGGGAUUCAUGUCACUCCAACUGUGAGUGUCGAUGGAAUUGUUAACGAUUCCAUUUCGAGUGGAACAGAAGUAGAGAAGUUGAUUGAAAUUUUCGAGACUUAUUUGUGA